UUUGGCAGAGUUACCUUAUUUCUUCGGUCUCCCUUUGCCGCCCAACCCACACACUGAACUCUCAUCUUAUGGGCUCCCUUCCUGUUCCUGAUGCGUUGCGGUGGUGGUGGCAAGUGAGCAACCGCAGAGAUGAAUACGCCCGAGCAGUGCUCACACUUUCCUUGGUAGUCCUUUCCAUCUCCUGGUACGCAUGGUUAACCAGGAAAUCAAGGAAAGCAGACCUCCCGUUGCCGCCCGGCCCACGAGGCCUGCCCCUGGUCGGAAACCUCCUUUCCCUUCACCCGGAACUCCACGUCUAUUUCGCCGAGCUGGCUCGGACCUAUGGCCCCAUCACGAAAUUGCAGCUAGGUAAGAAGUUGGGCAUUGUGAUUACCUCACCGUCGUUGGCUAAGGAAGUGCUCAAGGACCACGACACCACCUUUGCCAACCGUGACGUACCGGCUGCAGGCCGGGCGGCUACGUAUGGGGGCCUUGAUAUUGUAUGGACUCCAUAUGGUCCAGAGUGGCGAUUGCUGCGUAAGGUGUGCGUGCGUGAGAUGCUCGGCACUGCCACUCUUGACGCCGUCUAUGGCCUUCGUCAGCGGGAGGUUCGCCGGACCGUGGAAUACCUGUAUUCCAGGACUGGCUCCCAGGUGAAUAUUGGGGAGCAGAUGUUCUUGACCGUGCUCAAUCUGAUCACGAGCAUGCUGUGGGGCGAUACGAUCAAGGGGGAGGAGCGGUCUCGUCUCGGCGCAGAGUUCCGACAAGCCAUUGGCGAGAUGACAGCGCUACUGGGUAUGCCCAAUGUUUCCGAAUUUUUUCCUAUUCUGGCCCGCUUCGAUCUGCAAGGCGUGGAGAGGAAGAUGAAGGUUCUGGCCUCGCAGUUUGAUCGAAUGUUUGAUUCCAUGAUUCAUAAACGGCUGAAUAUCAUGGACGAAAAAGGUAGAGAGGAGAGCCAUGACUUUCUGCAGUUCCUAUUGAAUCUCAAGGACCAAGGAGAUGCUAAGAACUCCCUCACAAUGAAUCAAGUCAAGGCCUUACUCAUGGACAUGGUGAUUGGUGGGACGGAUACGACUUCAAACACGGUAGAGUGGGCAAUAGCCGAACUGAUGAACAAACCAGAGACGAUGAGGAAAGCCCAAGAAGAACUGGAGAGAGUGGUGGGUAAAGACAACAUAGUCGAAGAGUCUCACCUUCCCAAGCUACACUACUUGCAAGCAGUUAUGAAAGAAGUGCUCCGUUUACACCCGGCUCUGCCACUGUUUAUCCCCCAUUGCCCAAGCUCUUCGUGCGCUGUUGGGGGUUACAUGGUCCCCAAGGGCGCCAGAGUCUUCGUCAAUGCGUGGGCAAUCCAUAGAGACCCUGUGUUGUGGGACAAACCCUUGACGUUUGAUCCCGAGAGGUUCUUGAUUGAUGGGAAAUGGGAUUACACCGGCAAGGAUUUGAGCUACAUCCCGUUUGGUUCCGGGAGGAGGAUAUGUGCAGGGAUGGCAAUGGCAGAGAGGAUGGUUAUGUAUGCAUUGGCAUCGCUGUUGCAUUCGUUCGACUGGGAAUUGCCGGAGGGAGCAAAGCUCCAACUUACUGAGAAGUUUGGGAUUGUGCUAAAGAAGGCCACACCUCUUGUCGCAGUCCCCACGCCAAGGUUAUCUGAUCCAAAACUUUAUGCCGGAUGUUAGUUUCAUCGUCGUCUUCUCUGAGAAGAUUCUGUUAUGUUCUUGAUCGAAUUGAGAGUACUCAGCUCAGAUCUAUGUUGUAUAAAAGAAAUGAACAACAAAAUAAGCCCAAUGCAAUAAUUUUCAAGAAACUAAAACAAGUUGGGUGGUUGGCUGGUUGCAGUGAUU